AUGAGUUGGAUGUACUCUCUCAGUCUGGCCGUGGCUCUUCUGGACCUCUGUAGGGGACACAGCACUUUGUUUAAAGGAUAUGACCUGUCUAUGUCCAGCUACCACCUGUGUACUGGACAUGAGAGCACGGUGGUGAGUAAAAUGUGGUCCUAUAAGACCUCCUACAGGGACCGGAGGUCGUGUGGCGGAUGGCUACCCUGGAAGACGUGUGUGGUCACUCUUUACAAAACAGCCUAUUGGACUGAGUACAUGAAUGUCACUGAGGAGGUUAUGAGGUGCUGUGACGGCUAUGAACAAGUGGGCAGCUACUGUGCUUUACCUAUGAACAGAAGUGGAGAGUUCACUGCCAAACCAGGCUCCUGCCCCAAGGGUGUGGUGGACGCACCCAGGAAUACUGGGUGUGAAUGGGACUCAGACUGUCCAGGGUGGCAAAAGUGCUGCCAGAGAGAGGGCCUCUCUUUUUGCACCAACCCUCAACAUACAGGCAAUAGAGGCUGUUGCUUCAACGUCACUGUGACUGUGAAGACGGAUUACCAGCAGCUGAUAUCCAUGGACGGGGGAAUCAUGAACCACACAAGGCUUUUGCACUCUGUGGUGACCGGAGCCCUGGACUCCCCUGACAUCUCUGUAUACUACAUCAGCUCCUGGCCUAUAGGGCCAUUCAGAACCGCUUCAUCUAUGCUGAUUGGUUCCCCUGAAACUCUGUCCUUGUCCAACAUGACCACAAAACUGCACCUUCUUCUCAAACACAUUGAAGAAGUCACCUCUGUGUCAGUUGAAGAUAUAGAUGAGUGUACCUAUGCCGCUCUCAGCAGCUGCUCACGUCAGGCAGACUGUGCCAACACAGAGGGCUCCUACAGCUGCACCUGUCAUCCUGGAUUCACUGAUCUGAACCCCAACAACACUGGGGUAGACUGCCAAGCUUCUGACCUUGUGACCUCAGCCCUGCCCAGUAAUGCCACUCAUAUGUUUUGGUGGGCCAAUGCAACAGAGUUGCCACCCAACAGCACCAGUUAUCAGUCAUGGGACUCCAACUUUAUUGAUAACACAGCAGCCAUAGCUACAACCACAGACAGGGGCGUGAUGCUGAGCUCCAUCCAUAUGCCUGUUACCACACAUGACCUAGCUAUAGCCAGCUCCAACAGGUCUGAGACCAGACCAGCUCUCACAUCCUGGAGAAGUCCCACCUCACUGCAGCAUACCACUAACACCAACACUCCUACCCUGCCCCUCUCCACCUCUAUGCCCCAAACCAGCAUGGGACCUACUGUGGAGGACAUGUACCUGAGUGUAUCCUCACUAUCACCAUCCACAUGCCACCCAACCCCCACCACCAACUUGCAGGCCUCCAACGUUACUGGCUUCUCUUUCUGCCUGUCCUGGACUAGCCAAUCCCAGAGCGGGCUCAGCUUCCUCGUGGUGUUGAAGGAGGGGUCAGAGGUCAAGGGACGCUGGGAGACAAAGCUGUCUGUCUGGGAGGUGACAGGGCUGCAACCUGGGGUUCUCUACAACGUCACUGUCACUCCUUGUGCCUGUGGGAGCCAUUGGGCCAGCCUGCUGGUGCUGGUUAAGACUGCUGCACAGACACUUCGAGCAACCGUUCGCCUGACCAAUGUGCAGUUCACUGAUGCCUUGCUGUACCCGACGAGCCAGGAGUAUCAGAAUCUCAGGCGUAGUAUUGAGGAAGAGAUCCUCCAGUCUCUCCCUCCUUAUAUCCUGGCCCUGGUGAACUCAGGAGAUGUGAGGGUUCAGAUCAGAGGCCUGACUCCUGGCAGUGUAGUAGUGAAUUUCAUCAUCAUCUUCACACCCCGUCAGUCCCAGGACAUCCUGAUGGUGUCCUCUGCUCUGAUGCAGGCCCUACAGAACAGCCUCAUAUACACUGUUGACAGCAACAACACCCGUAUAGAUGAUGAUGAUGAGUGCAGUACAGGGGACAUGGACUGCUCCCCAUGGGCCCAGUGCACUAACACCUGGGGCUCCUACAGCUGUCUCUGUCUGGACGGAUUCACUGACUCCAACCCCUCCAGGCCAGGACGGGGCUGUUCAGCUACUAUCACAACCACAACCAACACUCUGGUUACAACCAACAAUACAGUUUCAACCACUACAACCUACAAUCUAACCUCAAUCACAUCCAACAAUAAAAGUACAACUACAAUCAACACACAAGUUACAACCAACAAUGCCGUUAGAAUCAACAACACUGUUUCAACCGCUACUCCAAUUCUAAUCACAACCAUGACCCCAGUUCCAACCACAACCACCACUGACGUUCCUACAGCAAUGACCACCACUGUGACCAGCGGUCUCAUCACAACGAGUCUGCAGCCUAAGGCUCCUACAUCUCCGGCUAUUCUGGUUUCUUAUACGAGGGGCAUCUCUGUGGAGUGCAGGGCCAGCUAUAUCAUUGUGACAGUUGCAAGGGACUUCCUGGAGGCGAGGCACAUUGGGGACUCUUCCCUCUACCUGGGGAGACAGGAGUGUGGCGUGAACGACGCGAACAGCAGCCAUGUCCAGCUGACGGUGGCUUGGGACCAGUGUAACACACAGCUCUUAUAUAAUAGCACUCAUUACACUGCUCAGACGACUCUGUUCAAUUCCAUGGAUCUCCAGAGCUUGCCCGACAGCAAAAUGAGAGUUCCUACAAUACGACUGGAGGUCCCCAUCAUGUGUACCUUUGGGAGGAGCAUCCUCAUCUCUGCGGGUUAUGACCCCACAGGGUAUGACAUGAUUAAAGAUGUCGUCAUGGGCUCAGGGACUUUCCAUGUGACGGUUCAGCUCCUGAAUGGAAUGUCUCCUCUCCCUCAGAACUACAGCCUGUCUCCCGAGGAGGAAGUUGUGGUCGAGGUCAGCGUCAACUCCACAGUUGACCAGAUCAAAGUGGUCAUCAACAAGUGCUGGGCCACCCAGAGCAGCAACCCUUUGGAACCAACAAUUUACUUGUUCCUGGAAAACAGCUGUCCCCUCCUCAACACAUACACCACAGUCUUGGAGAACGGCAACUCCAGCAAGUCUCGCCUGUCCCUUCGCAUCUUCUCCUACGUCAACCUCAAUGUCAUCUACUUGCACUGCCAGAUUCAUAUCUGUAUUGAGACUGGCUCAGCCACCUGCCAGCCUGAUUGUAUUGAACGGACAGAAAGAUUCUCUAAUCUAAUCGGAACGGGAAAAGCAACCUGUGGACCAUUCCUUCGAUCACACAAAGUGUCUGUCAAAGAGAGUUCUGUUACUCUUCGUCUGGUGGACUACAUCUUACUGGGAAUAGGACUGUUCCUCCUCUUCAUCGGGAGUCUUUCGUCCUUGUUCUUCUGCUACAGGAAGCGAAUUGGAACCUACAGCUUCAGCCUUAAACCCAAGCAAGAGAACUUUACCUAUCAUGUUUUUGAUGCUUAG